AUGGCUGUAGAGAACGUAACAGGUAUUGAGGGUCAACAGUCCACGUUCAUACCUUACACAGAUCUGUCCUUUGACAUUCACAACACUGACUCGUCUGUUCUGAAAUUGGUAUUUUGGAUCCGGCCCAAAUGGAGAGAGUGUUCCCAGGAACUCAAGAUUGUAAAAUUUACCGAGGGCAUCACGAACACACUGCUCAAGGUUGCACGACAUAGACCUGAUGUCCCUUUGCACGAAGCAGAUAACGAUGCGAUCCUCAUGCGAGCCUACGGAAAUCGUACCGAAAUCAUCAUUGACCGCGAUCGCGAAGCUGUUUCUCACCGCCUCUUGGCAGACAGAGGGAUGGCACCACCACUUUUGGGAAGAUUCAAAAAUGGGCUUCUUUAUGGAUUCAUCCCUGGCAAGCCGUGCACCGCUGAGGAUUUGACGCAGGACCGUGUAUGGCGCGGCGUGGCUCGAAAGUUAGGAGAAUGGCACGCAAAAGUACCUAUAUCUGGCAUCAGUUCUUGUUCGUCCGUUGGGAAGACCCUUAGUCGUAAUGCUGACGGCUGCCACUGUCUCAACCAGAGCAACGGUGCUAACGGCGCAAUUGAGAAACAACGAACGGUGAGUUCGCGCAAGCCCUCUCCCAACGUAUGGUCAGUUAUGCAGGGCUGGAUAAGCGCAUUAGACACAAACACAGAGAAAGAACGAGCAAGAAAAGAAAUGCUUCAGCAAGAGCUAGAACGCUGCUUCCAAGAACUAGACAGCAGCAGCGGUAUUGGUGAGCACGGCUUUGUUUUUGCGCAUUGUGACUUGCUAUGUGCAAAUGUUAUCCAGCUUCCGAGCCCACACGCGCCAGUCGCUUCAAACGUCCAACCUGUCACUUUUAUCGACUACGAAUAUGCCACUCCGGCACCUGCUGCUUUCGACAUUUCGAACCAUUUCGCCGAGUGGGCAGGUUAUGACUGUGAUUAUAGCAUGGUCCCAUCUAGACCUAUUCGCCGUGGAUUCCUGCAAGAGUAUAUCGCUUCUUACAGUAAGAAUGCGAAUAUCAAACUGGACGAAUCAGCUGUCGAGAACCUCUUUCAGGACGUCGAUCGUUGGCGAGGCAUUCCCGGGCUAUACUGGGGAAUAUGGUCUUUGAUCCAGGCAAAGAUUUCGGCGAUUGAUUUCGAUUAUGCUAAAUAUGCUGAAGAGCGCCUCGGUGAAUAUUUUGCCUGGCGAGGUGAAGCAGACGGCAGUCGUGCUAAGCAGGGAGUGAACAUGCCUUUGCGUGAGCGCAGAUGGUCUGAAGACUGA